AUGGAGGUUCCAGCAGUCACCAAAUCAAGGCCAAGCUCGAGCUCUAGCUCGUCCAGCUCGUCCAGCUCUUCUCCGUCUAAGGCGUCCUCUGUUCUCGCUGACACUUCGGCAUCGCACGAGCCGGUUUUAAGUAUUUCUCACGCGAUGGCCUCUUCAUCUCACCACUCAGAGUCAAACAACACUACACAAGAUGCCAACGCUACCAUCGACCACAACAACAACGACACCGCCGACACCGCCGACAACAAUGACAACAAUGACAACAAUGACAACAAUGACAACAAUGACAACAAUGACAACAACGACAACAACGACAACAACAGCCAGAAUAAUGCUCUCAGUCAACACGCUCCCGUGGUCACAGGUCUACGCCCCACAGCACCAGCCCCUAACCCCGUCCAGCAUAUCCACUACGAGUCCCUCCCAGCCCUCAACUUGAACCAUCCCCCCUUCUACGGCACCUUCCGUGAAUCAACCGAUGGCGUCCCGCAGUAUCAUCCCUUUUCCGACGAUGACGAUGACGAGGAAGAGGAGGACGAGCCGGGAAAUCCGUUUUCACGAACCCAGAGGGAGAAGGAGCAGGUGGGAGAGGAGAAGGGGAGCCAUCAUGAGGAUGAGGACGGCGAUGAUUUGGAUCGUUGCGUUGCCGCUCUUGUUGGUGGCGUUGUGGGUCUGUAUUAA